AUGCUUUUCUUUCAUGGAAAUUAUUAUUCUUUGUGGGAUGGACAAAGUAUUUGGGUAGAUAAAAUGUCUUUUUCCCCCUUACAUUUUGAUUGCCAUAUUCCAAAUGCAAUUUCUGCAAUGUUUGGAAAAUUGGUUGAGCUUUCAAACGCAAUAGGAGCAAAAAGAAUUGGUUGGAUUUUUAAUGAAGAAACAAAAAAGAAUUUUUAUGAAAUUAUGGAAAAUAUUGGAGCUAUAAAUAUGACAAAACAAGAGGAUUGGCAUAUUUAUCGAAGCAACAAAUCAGAAUUUUCUGAAUAUUUGACAACUACUGGAGAUAAUUAUAUGAAAUUAGAUGAGACACACAAACAACGAGCAAAUGAAUUGUUAAAGAAACAGAAGGCUCGAGAAAUGAAAAAAAUUCAAGAAGAAUGA